UGGCGGCGAGGCUGACGCUCGGAGGCGAUACUUCCUGCCUGGUUUGCCUCUAGUCUUUAGCAGCUGUUUGGGCUGCGGAUGUUACUGUUUCUGUGGCGGGUGGCCGACCAUGGAGCGCCCCGGACCCAGCGGCAUGACAGGCUCAGACGCAUCAGGACCGGACCCGCAGCUGGCGGUCACCAUGGGCUUCACGGGGUUCGGGAAAAAAGCUCGCACAUUUGAUUUGGAAGCAAUGUUUGAACAAACUCGAAGAACAGCAGUGGAAAGAAGUCGGAAAACACUGGAAGCAAGAGAAAAAGAGGAAGAAAUGAACAGAGAGAAAGAAUUAAGAAGGCAAAGCGAAGAUCUUGAACCAACAUCUUCAAGCUCAAAUGUGGCCAGAGAUUGCUCUAAAUCAUCUUCCAGGGAUACAAGCAGCAGUGAAAGUGAAACGAGUUCUGAAUCUUCUGAUGAUGAGUUAAUUGGCCCCCCUUUACCCCUUAAAAUGCCAGAAGAACCAGUUAAUCAUGUGGAGGAAGAUAUCCUCGGUCCUUUACCUCCACCUCUUGGUGAAGAUGUGGAAGAUGAUGAUGAUGAUGAUGAUGAUGAUGAUGAUUCAGAAGAGGAGGAAAAUCCUGUCCAAAAGAUCCCUGACUCGCAUGAGAUAACGCUAAAGCAUGGCACUAAGACAGUUUCUGCCUUGGGUCUGGAUCCCUCAGGUGCCCGUUUGGUGACUGGAGGAUAUGACUAUGAUGUUAAGUUUUGGGAUUUUGCUGGAAUGGAUGCUUCUUUUAAGGCAUUUCGAUCCCUUCAGCCCUGUGAAUGCCAUCAGAUCAAGUCAUUACAGUACAGUAACACAGGAGACAUGAUUCUUGUUGUAUCUGGAAGCUCUCAGGCCAAAGUGAUUGACAGAGAUGGUUUUGAAGUAAUGGAGUGUAUAAAAGGAGACCAGUAUAUUGUAGAUAUGGCCAACACCAAGGGUCAUACAGCAAUGCUUCAUACUGGCUCAUGGCAUCCCAAAAUAAAGGGAGAAUUUGUGACUUGCUCAAAUGAUGCGACUGUGAGGACAUGGGAAGUUGAAAAUCCAAAGAAGCAAAAAAGUGUGUUUAAACCACGGACAAUGCAGGGUAAAAAAGUAAUUCCCACCACUUGUACAUAUAGUAGAGAUGGAAACCUCAUAGCAGCUGCCUGCCAGAAUGGAAGCAUACAGAUCUGGGACCGAAAUUUGACUGUUCAUCCUAAAUUCCACUAUAAACAAGCUCAUGACCCAGGCACAGAUACUUCUUGCGUGACUUUUUCCUAUGAUGGUAAUGUCCUUGCCUCUCGUGGAGGUGAUGAUACCUUAAAAUUAUGGGACAUCCGACAGUUUAAUAAGCCACUUUUUUCAGCCUCAGGUCUUCCCACCAUGUUCCCAAUGACUGACUGCUGUUUCAGUCCAGAUGAUAAGCUCAUAGUCACCGGUACAUCUGUUCAAAGGGGAUGUGGCAGCGGCAAACUUGUUUUCUUUGAGCGCAGGACUUUCCAAAGGGUGUAUGAAAUAGACAUCACAGAUGCGAGUGUUGUCCGCUGCCUGUGGCAUCCAAAGCUGAACCAGAUCAUGGUGGGGACUGGAAACGGAUUGGCUAAAGUCUAUUAUGACCCCAACAAGAGUCAGAGGGGAGCAAAAUUAUGCGUGGUUAAAACCCAGCGGAAGGCAAAACAAGCAGAGACUCUAACCCAGGACUACAUCAUCACCCCUCAUGCCUUGCCUAUGUUCCGCGAGCCCCGCCAGCGGAGUACAAGGAAACAGCUGGAGAAGGACAGACUGGAUCCCCUGAAGUCUCACAAACCCGAACCUCCUGUAGCAGGCCCAGGUCGUGGUGGCCGGGUUGGAACCCACGGGGGCACUCUGUCAUCAUACAUUGUGAAGAACAUUGCUUUGGACAAAACCGAUGACAGCAAUCCCCGGGAAGCCAUUUUGCGGCACGCCAAAGCAGCCGAGGACAACCCGUACUGGGUUUCUCCAGCAUACUCCAAGACUCAGCCCAAAACCAUGUUUGCCCAAGUUGAAUCUGACGAUGAGGAAGCAAAGAAUGAGCCAGAAUGGAAAAAACGUAAAAUUUGAAGAAUCUGAUGUGAGAGCUGUUUGCAUGAGGGGGAAGGAUAUUGAACAGGUUUGGGGUUUUUUUUUAAUGAAAUAAAAAUACAUUUUUAUGAUCA